AUGGAAAAGUGGAGAUGCAGGGGAGGAGAAAUGUUGGGAUGGAGGUGGAUGGUUCCAAUGAUACUUGGUGGCGCGGGGUGGCUAGGGGGCGAGGCGAGCGGUGGAGGCAUAGUGGAGAGCGAGGCGCAGAGGAGGUUAGCGACGCCUAGGGUGGAGCCUACCGGCACGACUAAAGCAUGUGAUGGCUGGCCACGCGGAUUUGGGAAAAUAGUGGAGGCGUGGGUGGUGAGAGGGUUGAGCAAGUGCACCCGUGAUGGAGAUUGCGACUCGGGCGACUGGGGUCUGGACGGCUGA